UCUCCGUUCCCUCCCCACCACCACCUGUCGCGACUCUCCCGUAUUUCUCGCAAAUGGACGAAAUUGACGAAGAGCUCCGUAUUAGCAAGCCACAAAUUAUCUGCCCGCCACCCCACCUUAACCUCGUCUCGUCUCAUCUCUCCCGCAUGACAACCGACACAGCCACGUAUACCUCGUGAGCCUCGUGAACCUACCUAGCUAGGUACCUAGUGAAUCUCGUGCAUCUCACCGGCUCCCCCAGCUCUCCAGUCCCGCCAGCACCCUCCAACAACGUUCUUAGCCGAAGGCCAGCUACCACGGCCCGUAUCUUGGAGAUACCGCAGCUCGUCGGCCCAUCGGCCGGCUCUGCUUAGCUCGACGUCGGGAACCUCGUCCGCGCCAGACAGAAUCGAAGCUAUCUGUGACCAUGUUCUCCCAGAAAAAACCGUACUCCGCCGUUACGGUGACAGUUGAACGUCUCACCAGCGAGCAGUACGAAGAAGACGACCUUAGCGGUAUCCCCGACCUCGUCGAGGUCAUCAAGCUGCAGGCUUCUGGCCCCGCCGAGGCCGCUCGCGCGCUGAGGAAGAAGCUGAAAUACGGCAGCGUCCAUCGGCAACUCAGGGCGCUCGUGCUCCUGGACGGCCUAAUCCAAAAUGCCGGCCCGCGCUUCCAGAGGACCUUUAUCGACGAACCGCUGCUUGAACGCUUGCGUGUCUGCGGCACCUCAGACCUGUCCGAUCCGGACGUAAAGAAGAAGUGCGACGAGUUGUUCAGAAGUUGGGCAGCCGAAUACAAGAAUACGCCGGGCCUCGAGAGGGUCUCCAUGCUUUAUAAGGAACUCCCACGACGCAAACAGGUCGUCACCCAGGCGAAAUCUAGGGUCCUCCGUGAAACUGAGCAAGACCCCUUUCGUGACUCCGAGGACGAAGCUGAACAGCCGCCGCCGUCGUCCCCUCAGGCUCCGUCCCCUCAGGCUUCGUCCUCGCGGCACCCUGUCGAAUACCCUCAGCCAAGCCAAACCGUCCAAUCAUUUAGUCAUGUCAAGUCGCCUUCCGGCUCGGGGUCCUUUUUCUCAAGCUCCUCCUCCAAAGACAAGAAGAAAAAGGAGAAGGGGAAGAAGAAGCAUAAGACCUUCAACCUCGAGGCGGAAAAGGACGCCAUGAAGGUUGCGAUCGCCGAGUCCUCCAUGGCGUCAACAAACUUGACGAAUGCCCUUCAGAGCAUAAACCGAGAACGAGAAAGGAUAUCAGAAAAUGCCGCCGCCGUGGAGCAAUUCGAAGCUUGCAAGAAACUGAGGAGAAAGAUUCUACGCUACAUCUACCACGUCGAGGACGAGCAAUGGCUUGGCGGGCUUCUACACGCCAACGAUGAACUUGUCGUCGCCCUUAUGACCUUUGAGCAAUUAGACCGCUCCAUCGACGCCGAUAGCGAUUCCGAGGACGAGCUUGCAGAGCAGGCACACCUUUAUAGAAUGGCGGCCGAGAAGCACAGGCAAUCAAUGUCGUCGCCGGCGAGCCCAACCAGCCCGUCAGGUCCGGUACCAGACGUGUCUAACCUCAGCAUCAACCCAACCCCUCCUCCCAGGCCGGUGCCACCCCCACGGCCGUCUGCCGCGUCCAAGCCAACGAUAACCCCACGGCGAGCUCCUGAGCCAGAAUCAGAUGACGACGACGAUUACGCCGACGAAGACGAGAAUGAUCCGUUCGCGGAUAGAAACGCCGUGGUGAUAUCUAAGACUGAAGGGGGGGAGUUUAGGUAGUACGUCUCUUCAGCUACGCCGCAAGGUGAUGUGACGAGGCUGUUGUCCCAUGGAAUUUAAUAUGGGCAACGCCUGGUGGCGAAGCGGCAGACUGCGUUUGGACCUGUUUUUCUUCUUUUAAUCCAAUACUCUCUACUCGACUACGAGAUUCCCGCCAGAUAUACUCUGAGGCGUUGCUUUUACACGAUGAGACGGAAGCCGUGUUAUGUUUUUUCUUAGAUGUAUUAGUAGCGCGGUGGUAUGCUGGUUCUUCUUGUGGUCUUCCCUGUACGCCGGGGCAUUCGGGUUCGUCUGUGUAGUAGGUGCGUCGAUGGAGAUCUGCCGCUGCAACGGCUUGAAAAUGAAGCACCAGAAGUCAUCCCCGUGAUACGACUUGUUCCUCGUAGGAAUCGGCCCGCUUCCUCCACGUAGAAUGCUCCAGCUCGGUGAACAUAGCC